UGUACGAUCUCGCGUUCGAGAGACGUGAUGGAAGCCUCUCCAUGAGUAGAUAGGGCCGUCAAUAGGCGCCCGCAGCCGCCGACGACCACCUAUUCCACGAAACCGCACAACUGCGUCUCACCCCGCAACCCCACCAUAUAUCAACACUAUAACAGACAAUGGCCAUCACCAACGUCGCCCUCAUCGGCGGCACAGGCACGCUCGGCGCACCCGUCCUCAACGCGCUCAAAACCUCCGAGUUCGACAUCUUCGUCCUUAACCGCCAAACAUCCAAAUCCGUUUACCCCAAAACAAAAGUCAUCACAAUCCCGGAUGAUUUGGACGUUGAUGGAGUAGCCAAAGUACUCAAGGAAAACAAGAUCGACGCCCUCGUCAUCACCAUCGCAGGCAGCCAUGUCGAGUCGCAAAAGAAGCUCAUCGAUGCUGCGUUCAAAGGCGGCGUGAAGCGCGUGAUGCCCGCCGAGUUUGGCAGCUGCGACUCUGCAGACGACAAGACGAACGAGAUCCUGCCGCUCAUGAAGGGCAAGAAAGAGGUCCGGGAUUACCUCUUGACGUUGGAGGGCAAGGAGCGAGAAGGUGGCAUAGGGAAGCUCACCUGGACGAGUCUUGUCACAGGUCACUUCUUCGACUGGGGCAUGACCUGCGGUCUACUGAAAUUUGACGUAAAAGGUCGCAAAGCGUACAUUCUCGACGGCGGCAAAAUCAAGUUCUCCGCCUCCAACCUGGACUUCAUCGGUAAAGCGGUCAUUAAGAUUUUGGAGAAGCCAGAUGAGACUGCAAACAAGCUACUCUACGUCCACAGCCACCAUGUCACGCAGCUCGAGGUUCUUGCUGCGCUGGAAAAGGCUACAGGCGAUAGAUUUGAGCGGAUCGAUCAGAACAGCAAAGAAGAGUUGGAUGUCUCUCGGCCGAAGAUGCUGAACGGAGAUGGUGAGGCGAGGGAGGAGGUUGUCGCAGUAUGGGGAGUUGUUGCAGCGGAUUGGAAAGAGAAAGAAGGAUUUGCGAACAGGAUGCUUGGGCUACAAGAGGAGGAUCUUGAUGAGGUUGUACGUAGGGUUGUGUCGGAGUUGUGAGCGAGCGCGGAAUCGCUGUCGCAUGCACGCGCAUGGCUCGAUACGAAUAAGCUAGCAAGUGUUACGGACGUAAGAGUAGUCAAAGAUCUACCUAUCAACAAGAUCCAGUCCUGAUUACUAGUGGUAUGGCGACGUAGUAACAUCGUACGGGCAGACAAACCCCCGCAAAGUCACAUUCCCCAGCGAUGAAUCAUCACGAUGACCUAUUAUU